AUGAAAAUCUCCAACAUCGGAUUGACUAAGAUCUGCUUCCUGCUGUCCGUGUCAGUCUACAUAAUAAUCUUCCUUCUCGGUUCGCGGAGGCAGCAUGUCCUACCCAAGCCACUGCCGGUCCCCGCCUGUAAUCUCACCUGUUCCCACAGCUACCGGGAGCCCCGGUCUGAGGUCACCAGGCUUUCCACUGCCAUACAGACUCGAAGCAACCAUUCCCAAGAGUGGAAGGGAGACCAACUGAAGUCCCCUGUACACAUUGGCCUGAAGGAUGAUUUUCGUUCAAGCAAACUUCUUCAGUUAGAAGAUCUAUUUAUCGCGGUGAAGACCACUAAGAAAUAUCACAAAUCUCGUAUGGACCUUCUUCUGCAGACCUGGAUCUCCCAAGCAAAUAAGCAGACAUUUAUCUUUACAGAUUUCGAAGACCAAGAGCUGCGCCAGAGAGCAGGUAAGGAACACCAGGGUAUCAGGGAAUAG